CUUGACACAGUUGCUAUGAGACAAAUGAAGUUCGUACUCCUCAGCUGGCUAUGGCGGAUGUUGUUGAAAAUGACAGCAUGAAGAAUUAUCAUCUAGCGUCAGAAAAAGUGGCCCCGGAGAUCAGCCGCUUUCCCCACUGCAUCGUGUGGACGCCCAUCCCCGUGCUGUCAUGGCUGUUUCCUUUCAUUGGUCACAUGGGAAUCUGCACUUCCACCGGAGUCAUCCGGGACUUUGCUGGACCGUACUUCGUCUCAGAAGACAACAUGGCUUUUGGGAGACCCACAAAGUACUGGAUGCUUGACGUGAGUAAAGUCUACGCCAGCGGUUCCAACGCCUGGGACACGGCCGUGCACGACGCCUCAGAGGAGUACAAGCACAGGAUGCACAACCUGUGCUGUGACAACUGUCACUCCCAUGUGGCCAUGGCUCUGAAUCUGAUGCGAUACGAGAACAGCACCUCAUGGAACAUGGUGAACCUCUGCCUUCUCUCAUUCAUCCGCGGAAAAUAUGUCGGCUGCGCGGGCGUCCUGAAGACCUGGCUGCCGUUCUUGUUGCUCGUGGGCAUCGUCCUCACAGUUGCUCUCGCCGUCAACAUCCGAUGACCCGGGGUGGGGUCAGGUGGGGCCAGGCGAGGCGGCGGGUGCGACAUCCACACGAUCCGCCCCGCCCUCCACACUGUGGCGCCACGAUCAAACACAAACCACCUUUUGAAGAACGCCAUCGCCGCGUCGAGCAACAGUAACCGAGGACCUGAAGCCUGCCUACCUCCGGGAGAGGACACAGGAAACGUGUUUAUUUUUUAUUUUUUUUCUGACUGCAGUGCCGAAGCUAUUGUACCUCAACGAUUCAUAUCCAUUCACACAUAUGCAUUUUUAUGAAUUCCAGCUAUUGUACAUUUGACAAUAACAGCUUCACACUAAUUGUAAAGAAGUUCUAUAGAGUUCAUGCCUUGCUUUCAGACUGAUGGGGGGUGUUUACCUGAUAUCUUCAGUGCUUCCAGAAAGCCAUUUUUAUACUGGAGCACAAAUGUCAUUAGCUGCCUUAUCGCGACUUUCUAGCAUUUCAUACUUGAUCUAAUGUAGCUCUUCCACAGCAACGUGAGCGUAUUUUCCUAUCUGUACACGACACACCGAGCAGUCGGCAUCUUCUGAGAGAGAUAUUUUCUUAAAGAUUCCUUGAACACGUCUAACCUCACAGUACUGUUUUCAACACCUCAUCGGUGUGACGAUUGUAGCGACCUUGGUGAAUGUGGCUGUGAUAGAUAUCUCUAGGGUGACCAUCCACAAUCCCACUUGGAUGUUUUCUUUCUGCUCAUUACUGAUUUUUCACACAGAAAUCAGAGUCAGUGCCUGAUUCAUGACCUGUAUCGCAGAUCUCUUCCACGGUGGCAUUUUCAGCGUUCUUUCUUUUUUUCUUUUCUUUUACUAUUAAAUGUUCUGUCCUCAUGACGGUUGACACUACAAAUGCGUUGCCAUGGCUGUCGGAGUAGAGGGGGCAGACUCAGAUCCUGUCAUUGUUUGCAAACAGAGACAAAGGAGCGUGGAGCUCGCUCUCUCUCUCUCUCUCUCUCUCUUUUCCAGCAGCAGGUAGCCAGGAUUCUCAGGUUUUUCACGCUCGCCAACCAUCGCUCAGUGUUUCAGCGAGCUCUGCCGCUUCCUGCUGCUUUCCCGGCUCAGCGGUUCAGAGCUGAAAGUCGCUGGGAAAUAUCCACACCGCCUUUUUAAAGUUUAAAUUCAACCCAACCAACAUCCUGUAAAGGUCGUCGACAGAUGUUGAGAGAGUACCUGUUUCUAAACAUUAUCUGGCUCAUAGAGCCUUGAUUCAUAUGACGGAGUAUUAGGGCCAGAAUACGUGAUUUUGUUUUUUUUCAUAACAAUUUGACAAUGAAGUCAUAUUAGUAGAAUAAAGAUGCAAUAUUAUCAGAAGGAAGUCUUAAAAUGACAAGAAAAAUGUUGUUUUUGGUUUCUUUGAAAUAGACUCAGUUUACACAAUUGUUUCAAAGUCCUGCUCCUGAUGAUAUUUUAAUGCUGAUGUGUUCAGACAUUAAAUAUGUCUUCUUUGUAUAUCUGAAUGCAAAGUAUAACUUCACAAGACGCCCAACGUUGCUCAUUUUAAUUUUUUUAAUUUUUCCUGUAGGAGUUACCAUAACAUUACUACUUCAUUCUACUAAUAUAGCUUUAUUCAAAUAUUAUGACUUUAUUCUCGUAUUGUUUUGACUUUGUCAUACGAGAUUUGUCUAAUACUAAAAUUUUUUUUCUUUGUCUUAUUACAACUUCAUGCUCACAUUCUGCCUUUUUGUCGUUUUUUUUAUUCCCAUAUCACUCUGGUUUGAUUGUCAUGAGUUUUUUUUCUCGGAUCGUUACGACUUUUGUCUCAUAUUACAACUUUCUUCUCAGAAAAUUUAGACUUUAUUCUCACUUUAUUCUGGUAAUAUUGCAAAUCAAUUUUUGUGCUAUUCUGACUCUUUUUCAUAUUGCAACCAUAUUCUCAUAAUAUUCUAAAUUUGUGUUAUUGCAACAUUAUUCCUACAUUACUCCGACUUGCUGCCUUACGUCUUUGUUUUUGCAAUAUUGUGACUUUGUUCUCAUAAUAUUAUGUGACUUUUUCUCAUAAUUAGCUAUUUUUUUCUGUGCCUGGCCCUAACACUCUGUCCUACAUUCAUGUGUACAAUUUGCCUCUCUUCCCUGUAAAUAUUUGACUCUCCAUUUUAGUGGGCAUUUUGUAAAAACAUGACCUUGGCUUUUUAAAUCUUAGUCAUUUACACUAAAAUUGUACUUUGUAUUCCAUGUUUCCGUUUAACGUCUGCUGAGGGUUGCAGCAGAGCCGUGCCUAAAACAGACUGUGUGCUACUUUUUACAUAUUCUAUCAGGAAGACCAUGCACAUGUAUGGCUGCAUGUGUGUGUCGCAUGCAUGCAGGAAAAAGGUUUCAAACUGAAAGUCGUCUUUCGUAAUCGUCUCCGUCUCUUUGACCUUGUGAAAAGUAUUCACACCUCUUGAACCUUUCCACAAUCCAAGCAGGAUCUUCAGGAUCUAUUGUAUGCAAUAGACAACACUGGAGAGGAGGAACACGGUGGUGGCAGCGUAGUGCUGCGGCGAGUCUUAUCAUUUGGUCUAUUCAAGGAGUCUGCAACCUUUAUAAACCAAACAACCGUUUUUGCCCCCAGUCCAACUAAAUGAAACUCGUUUAUAGCCACAAAUGUUACGUAAUUAAUUAUUUAAACAAAAAAAAGUUUACCACACAAUGAUGAGGGAAAAUAAUUAAAUAUUACUGAUACUUCACUUAUUCUGUCUGCAAAAAAAGUCCCUAAAGUGCUCUAUUUGCAUUUGUGAUAUGUAUAUUUUUAAAAAGUGUUGUUUUUCACCCCCACACUUUUUUUAGCCAAAUUGUUGAGAGAAAUUAUGGAAGGUUAAAAAAACCCCCACAGGUUUCAGCCCCCCUGCUCUAUCGAAUAACAUCCUAUUAAACGCAGCCUUUUAUGAUUUUAAUGUGAAAAAAAUGUGGAAAACGUUCAAGGUGUGCCAAUACUUUUACAGAGCUUUUAAUUUAGUGCUGUAUAUUUCUCAUAGUUUCUUGCGGGUAUGGAAUAGCUAAUUAUCUUUAAUCAGAGUUGAUGACAAAUUUGAGUUAAUCAUCCCUGCUUAAGUCGAGACAGCAGUAAUGUUUCAUCAUCUGCAGCUGCAGACCGUCUCCAUUAGUGCUGCUUAGAUCAAAGCAGCAAAACAGAGGAAAAGACACGCUGUUGUAGAGUCUAUGUAGUCAAUUUCAGGAUUUUUUUAAAAAAUGCGUUUGCCACACUUGCAUUUAUUAUGUUGCUUUAAGGCUGGCCAAUAAGUUGAUUUUUAUCGAUUUGAUUGAAUUUUCUGGUUUUGAAGAUGUAAUUUAUGGAAAAUCUUUCUUCACUUCGGGUUUCCAUCGUUCAGAGUGAUGUUUUUUGACAUGUUUUGCAACUUCUGUUUAUUUCAACUUUGAAUUAAAUAUUAAGGUUUUUUCUGCUUUUGUUUUAUUUGUAGAUAUUUUCAAGAUAUCUUCUGUCAUUUCUUUCUUUUUAUAUGUAUGUGGCAAAAAAACAAAGGGGGAAAAAAUUUUAAUCGGAAAUCGAGUUUUGGAAUAAAAAGAUAAAAUCAUGUUUUAUUUUUAAAUCAUAUCGCCCAGCACUACGUUGAUUACAAGAUCAUUUGGAAACCAGUUAAAAAUCUUUCCAAAUAUUUUCUGGACACUCUUAAGUUCUGAGACAUCUUGCUCUCAGGGUCAGGUAGUUUUGGAAAACAUUAUUGAAAGAAAUGUCACUUUUUAAAAAUAUCUAACACUUUCAUUUACUCUUAAGUCAAAAUAUGGUUUCUUGUUUCUAUUAGCUGGAUUAGAAAAGAUGCUCAUUCGUUGCUAUUAGAGAAAAUAAAUAUCCAGCUCUUUUGAGAUCGCCUUAUAACUGCCUGUCAUAUAGGAGCUUACUUGUGCAUAAAACAGAGGAGAGGUGGCUCCUUUGUAGGAAGUCCUGCACAGGAAUGCAGUACUGUGUGGAGAUCAAUGAAGCGGUCUUAGGUGUUGCCUGCUGUGGUGCCUUUCCGUAUCCAGGAGCCAGGUCCAGGAAUGUGGGGACCUGCUGUCCCGCCGUUCCAGUCUGCGGACAAAAGACAGUCAGGACGGCAUUACUAGUGCCGCCAUUCACUGGUUACAUACUUAACACGGGUCCGUUGACUCAAACUCUUGUGUCGUUCCGAUCCUCCAGAUAUCUUUCUUGAUGCUGGGAAUUCUCCUAAAUUCAGAAAGUGACUGUGUGAACAGCUAUAACCCCAAUAAAGAUGUCUAUUAUUCUUGCAA